AUGAAACAUAAGGAAAGCCAUAACAUAAUAAGUGGCUUCAGAGCCACAGGAAUAUGGCCUGUAAAUCCACGAAAUGUUUUUAAGAGAAUCCCAGAGUAUUUCGAGGAUUCAGAAUAUGGAUUUGAUACGACUUUAUUGGAUUAUCUCAAGGAAUCAAGGACUGCUAAGCCAAUGCAAGUGAAAAGAAAUAAGAAAUUACGCACAGAACCCGGAAAGUUGGUAUGUGCUGAUGAUAUCUCGACAGUAAAUAUUCCACUAACAACACGAAAAAAAUCAUCUAUAAGAAAAAAUACUAAGGAAGAUAUAAUAAAGAUCCACCAAGAAAGAGAGACAGAAGAUAUUGUAGCAUCGUGGGAUACAGAAAAUGAGAUAUACUUAGAUGAAAUUACAGAGUGUUUACGAUCAAUAACGAAUAGUUCAUCUAAAUCUAAAGCUAUAAUAACCUCAGAUGUUAAAGUAACCCCUAAGCAAAUGAAGGACAUCAAGAAAGAAAUAAAAUUAGGUACUGAAGUCAUCGGAAAAUCAGCUUUACAGAUAAAAAUUCUUACGAAAAAAGUGGGCGAUGAAAAUAGUAAUGUGGUCUUAUAUGAAAAAAAUAAAAGAAAACGGGAAAAUGUAACUAAUGGAAGAAAAACAAAGAUAGCGAAACGGAAGAAAUUGAGAUCAUAUUGUUGUGAAACGAGUUCUGAAUCGGAUAUUACGAGUAUUGCAAACACAGAUGAUUCGGAAUAUGAGAAAUUUGAUGAAUAUUUAUCAACAUGUUUACAAGAGAAUGACAACAAGGAAAACUGUGAGCCAGAAAACUUAACUGCACCCUUUGGAUUCAGCGAUAUACCAUUUUACAAGCGCCAAAAAACUUCACUGCACCCUUUGGAUUCAGUGAUAUUUUACAAGCGAUGUAGAUUUAAGAGAAGAGGACUGGGUAGUUGUAAAAUUUGCGACAUUUGGCUGUGUUUUAUAUAUAAAAAACAGUACUCCUACUGUAAAAUUUGCAAGUAA